AAGGCCAUCGGGGUCAAGGAAGACCAUCAAUACACGGAACGUCAAGCAGUCCGAACCAUAGUCAUGAGCAUAACUGGAGACAUUGCCAUCAUCCACGUCAAGAAAGAAAUUUACUACAAGCUCCCAGGAGGCGGUAUCGAAGCAGGCGAGAAUCACCAAGUAGCAGGCAGGAGAGAGACAAUGGAGGAGAUCGGCUGCCGAGUCAAGAUGUCCAAGCGUUGCCUGGCAAUUGUUGAGGAGUGGAGAAAUGACUUGCAUCAGAUCUCGUACUGCUAUGUUACGCAUGUUCUAGAGGACACCGGUGCAACUUCGUUGACUCAGGAGGAGAUUGAUGAAGGUUUGGAGCACAGAUGGGUUCAUGUUAAUGCGGCAAUCAAGCUUAUGAAGGAGGCAAAGCCAGCUUCAAUCUUGGGGUCGCCGAUCAAAGAGCGUGAUCUGUACUUCGGCGAGAAGUUUGCGGCUGCUUUGGAACCUCCUGCUGAUCCGCAUCACCUUUGGAGAUGA